AUGCAGGAUUUUAAGGAUUUCAUCGACGGAGAAGUUAGACUUUAUUGGAAGCCAACAUUGGGUUUAUCUAUGAUUUUAUUCAUGAUGCUUACAACCUUUACCGUUAUGGUGCUUUUUGGCGUAAAGACUGCAAAAGCUUUACAGAACAAAGGACUGAGCCAGAAAACGAUAAAGCUGCAAAAGCAAUUGCUUAUAGCGUUAGCAUUUCAGGCGCUUAUUCCAUUGGUACUGACGUACAUCCCACGUACUAUAACCCUUCUUCUGCCAAUCAUGGGUAUCUCACUACCAAGCAUUCUCAGAUUCACACCUCUGGUCAUAACGCUUUCCAUCACUGUACUGGACCCAUUUGCUAUAAUUCUAUGCAUUAGCGACUAUAGAUGCUUGGUUUUGCAGUUUAUCAAGAACCCUAUACGUUCCACUGUAAUUGUGCCAACGGUCACAAUUGUACUCAGUACCACCAAGACAGUACAAAAGUGA